UGUGUCUUUCUCCAAGCCUAAAAGCAUCGAUCCCAUUCUCCAAAAACCCACGAGCGCACCUGUAAGCCCCUCCUGUGUCCUCGCCCACCCAAUUCUCUCUCAAAAAUCGAAGCUUUGAUAGCUUGAAAAAGAUUACGGGGACGAUCUAAAAAGCAGAUUUUGACUAGUGGAAUCGAGAGAUAUGGAUGGAUUCCAUGGAAAUCAUCAUUUUCCUUCCACAUUCCAAAGAGAUUAGACCCCCUCCUACUAAUUCUUAAUAAGUAUAAUCUCGGGGAGAGUGUGGAAAAGAACUGAGCUUUAGGGUUUGAAUUUCUAUAAGAAUUACGGGGUAAAUUAGAAGCAAGAAGGGAAAGAGAAUUAUCGAUGCGGAGCAGGUGAAGAAAGUUAGCUCCUUUACUUAAUUUCUUUCUUGUUUUUGCACUCAGUCACACUGGUCCCAGAACUCCACAUCGGUCUAUUCAAACUUAACUCGAGAGCUGGGAAUCAUAAAGACCAAGAAGGAGAUACCUGCCUCUACUUUUCUUUUGCUCUGUUUUCUUCUUGGAAACAGAGAAACAAGCGGAGGAGGAGAGAGAAGAAGGAGAAGAGGGUAAUGAAUUGAAAAUAUGAAGAAUGUUUUCAGUGGAAUUGGUGCAGAAUGGUAGAUUCCCAACCAACUUUUCCCUCUGAAGGAAACAGCCAUCAUUGUUCACAGGCUUUCCUUUUCAGAAUAUAGGAAGCUGGACUCUUCUUCUUAUACCUCCCUCUUCCUAUUCCCCUUUCUACUACCACCAUCACCUUCUGCUCUGCAAAAUCACACUUUGAAAAUGAAGCCAGGUUCGAGCUCAGCAAAUAACUUUUAUUCUUAUCUUGCUCACGGCAUCGAUGAUCUGGAGCGAAGCUUUGCUUCGACGGAGUUCAUGUCUCUUCAAUUCAUUCAAAGUACCGUUUCUCUUCUCCGCUCUUUCCAUUGCCAGCUCAUUAAUAUGGUGAAAAAGCUUCAUCUUCCGGUGGGAGAGAAGUGGCUCGAUGAGUAUAUGGACGAAAGCUCUCGCCUUUGGGAAGCUUGUCAAGUGCUCAAGAUCAGAAUCACUGCCAUGGAGAGUUACGCCACUACUGGAGCUAACAUAGUUUCCUCCGUUGACAGCCGGGUUGCAAACCAGGUAAAACGAGCUGUUUUUGUUUGCCGGAGGGAGGCGGCGGGGCUGGAGGUCGAGAACAGAGUUCUGGUGGAGACAAGGACCGAGCAGAUUUCGCUGAGACUGGAUUCGAGAUUGGAGAUGGAAUCGAAGCUUAAUGGAUUUAAUGGAUUCAGGGGAGUGCUCUACGCCAUGAGAAGUGUAAGCUCAUUCUUACUGAUUAUCUUGCUCUGGGGAUUGGUGUCUUGGUGGCCGGAACCCAGCGCAAGCACCAUAGGUGUCAACGAGGUGGCGGUCAGGGAAGGUUCUCUCCUCCAUGGUUCUGGAUUCAUGGCUUCGAUGAGGACGCUGCAUCAGAGCGUGGUGGGGCAAGUAGAGAGAAUGGAAGGGAGGCCCAUGAUUCUUAUGCAUGAGUUCAGGAAGGUGAAGACGGCAUUGGAGGAGCUAAGGGAGGAGGCGGAGAGGAAUGUAGGAGGAGGAGGAGGAAGUGAGAAUGAGGAAGUGAGAGAGAAGUUGGAGAGUUUGAAGGGAUUGUUUGGGCUGUUGAGGUCGGGAGCAGAGAGUGUGGCUGCGCAGUUGGAUGAUUUCUUUGAUGAGAUUAUGGAAGGGAGGAAGAAGCUUUUGGAUAUAUGCAGUCAUAGGUAGGCAGAAGAACGAGGAGGGGGAGAAUGAGAGGAAGGGUGGCAGUUAUUAGCAGUUAUAAAAAGGUAUGGGGAAAAGGAGGGACCUUUGAGAAGGAUGAGAAUUGGUUUUUCUUAUUUCAAUGUUUUUUUCUCAUCCAGUUUUCCAACGGUCAAAAAAUCAAUCAAUAAUAUAAGUGACCAAAGUUUAUAAUGUACUAAGUUGUGUUUAUUUUAGUAUUUUUAUGAAUUGAUUA